AACGGCAUGUCUGUGGAUGAGAAGCCUGACUCCCCCAUGUAUGUGUAUGAGUCCACAGUCCACUGUGCCAACAUCCUCCUCGGCCUCAAUGACCAACGGAAAAAGGACAUUCUCUGUGAUGUGACUCUGAUUGUGGAGAGGAAGGAGUUCCGAGCCCACCGGGCCGUGCUGGCUGCAUGCAGUGAAUACUUCUGGCAGGCACUGGUUGGACAGACGAAAGAUGACUUGGUGGUCAGCUUGCCCGAAGAGGUCACGGCCAGAGGCUUUGGGCCACUGCUACAGUUUGCCUACACUGCCAAGCUGUUACUCAGCAGAGAGAACAUCCGAGAGGUCAUCCGCUGUGCCGACAAUCUGGAGGACUCCUGCUUCAGUUUCCUGCAGACACAGCUCCUGAACAGUGAGGAUGGCCUAUUUGUGUGCCGAAAGGACAGUGCGUGCCAGCGCCCCCAAGAGGACCAUGGGAACUCUGCGGGAGAAGAGGAGGAAGAAGAGACAAUGGACUCAGAGACAGCUAAGAUGGCUUGCCCCACAGACCAGAUCAGCUUUGAGGCCACUGCCAUCCCAGUAGCAGAGAAAGAAGAAACCUUGCUGCCUGAGUCUGAGGUACCCACAGACACCAAGGAAAACUCGGAAAAGGAUGCACUGACACAGUACCCUAGAUACAAGAAGUACCAGCUUGCAUGUACCAAGAAUGUCUAUAGUGCACCCUCACACAGUACCUCAGGGUUUGCAAGCACAUUCAGUGAAGACAACCCCGGCAAUAGCCUCAAACCAGGGCUCUCCGGGGGACAGAUUAAAAGUGAGCCACCCACUGAAGAGACUGAGGAAGAGAGUGUGACACUCUGCCUGUCUGGAGAUGAAACAGACAUCAAAGACAGACCUGGGGAUGUUGAGCUGGACCGGAAACAGCCCAGCCCUACCCCUGCCCCCAGUACCCCUACUGGAGCCACCUGCCUGGACACAUCCAGGAGCGUGUCCUCACCUUCCUGUCUGCGGUCUCUGUUUGGUAUAGCAAAAGGUGUGGAGUCGUCUGGCCUGCCUGGUACAUCUCAACAGCACUUUGUCAGGAGUUCAGCAUGCCCUUUUAACAAGGGGAUCUCUCAGGGUGACCUUAAAACUGACUACACCCCUUUCACAGGGAAUUAUGGACAGCCCCCUGUGGGCCAGAAGGACUGCUCCUCCUAUUCCCAGGCAGAGGAUGGGGGUGGGGGUUCCCCCUGCAGCCUCCCUCUUUGUGAGUUCUCCUCCUCACCCUGUUCCCAGGGAGCCAGAUUCCUUGCCACAGAACAUCAGGAACCAGGCCUGAUGGGAGAUGGAAUGUACAACCAAGUCCGACCCCAAAUUAAAUGUGAGCAGUCUUAUGGAACCAAUUCCAGUGACGAGUCUGGAUCAUUUUCGGAAGCAGACAGUGAGUCGUGUCCUGUGCAGGACAGGGGCCAGGAGGUUAAACUUCCUUUUCCUGUAGAUCAGAUCACAGAUCUGCCCAGGAAUGACUUCCAGAUGAUGAUUAAGAUGCACAAGCUAACCUCAGAACAGUUGGAGUUCAUUCACGACAUCCGGAGGCGUAGUAAGAACCGCAUUGCAGCUCAACGCUGUCGCAAGAGGAAACUGGACUGCAUUCAGAAUUUAGAAUGUGAAAUACGAAAACUGGUAUGUGAGAAAGAGAAACUGUUGUCAGAGAGGAAUCAACUGAAAGCCUGUAUGGGGGAGCUGCUGGACAACUUCUCCUGCCUCUCGCAGGAGGUCUGCCGAGACAUCCAGAGCCCAGAGCAGAUCCAGGCCCUGCACCGAUACUGCCCUGUCCUCAUACCCAUGGAUCUCCCUGGAGCCAGUGUUAACCCCGCUCCUUUGGGGGUUGAGCAGAGCCUUGCACCCUCCCAGUGUGCAGUAGGAGGAAAUGUACCCUGCUGCCUGGAGCCAGGGGCAGCUCCCCCUGGGCUCCCCUGGGUGCCCAGCAACACCUCUGAGAAUUGUACCUCUGGGAGGAGGUUGGAAGGUACUGAUCCUGGGACCUUCUCAGAAAGAGGACCUCCUCUAGAAGCCAGGAGCCAGUCAGUGACCGUGGACUUCUGUCAGGAAAUGACUGAGAAGUGUACAACAGACGAACAGCCCAGGAAAGAUUAUGCCUAGCCAGUAUGAUCAGCUCUGCCUCCAGUCCUCACACCUCCCCUCUCCAGAUGUUCUUCUGCCAGCCAGGGGCACUGUUCAUCUGUGUCUUGAAGAACCAAGAGCAAAUCUGGUGCACACUACAGCAGUCUUAGCAAUACUGUUCCGAAGUAUUCCCUCCUCUCUGUAAGCAGGAGUGCUGGUUACCUUCACAAUGGUGCUACCCCUUGCCCUGGCAAGGAAGACAACAGUGCUGACACUGUCUGUCUGUGGGUUAAUUGCCGACUUCACAGGGAUAGACUACA